AUGAUUUUAAUCUCCGUUGUUCAAGUCUCGUUCGCCGGUCCCACCCACAAGGUCUCCGAAGCAGCUGCCUUCGUUCCCAGGCCGCUAGAUACCGCAGAAUUCCCCCUCCCUUCGAGUAUUCAUUUUCGCCGACUUGGUAAGGUGGGAGCCAUGCCCAAGGCAUACGUUAGAACCCGGGGUACGGCCCCACCAGGCCACAUCGCUUUCAAGUUCCUCCACCGCGGCCCCAACUACGAGAUACUCCCCGUCCGCGUCGGUGCCGUGGCUCUUCGCACUUUCUACACUACGAUCUUACACUCGGCAUCCAACAUGUGGCCGCAGACCAAACGCCCGGCAAUGGUUUUCACGAUAACCCAAGGGGCACUCCAACUUACGAUGACUGGCUUCGGCACAGCGGUCCCCUGGGACUUUGUACAAGAUUGGGCGAUGAAAGCAGCGGAGAGUGUGGCGAGAGGACGGACGGAUACGUUCGACGCGGGGUAUGAGGUUGAAGGGACGGGUGUGGGGGUGUGGGUCAGUUUGAGGCUGUUGGAGUAG